UUCUCCAUAUUUAAAGUUAAUUUGGAACAUCCUUAGAAUUUAUAUUAUUAUAACAAUUACCGGGUAUAGGAAAUUAUGCAAAAUGAAAAUGUUUUUGGAGAUUCAUAUAUAUUAGACCCUGUUGAGAGUCUUGUUUGUAUAGAAAGACUGGCUUGGAAUUUAAUUGACGAGGAAUUUUUUAUUUAAAGCUUGCCGUGUAUUUGCUUGGUUGAAUAUAUUGCAGUAGAUGUGGUUUUUAGUAACUUUUUUUCAUUCAGAAGUAAGAUUAUGAAGGGGAUUGCGCUGGCUUUUUUAGGGGAUUUAAAGGGAAGUAUUUCAUGUUUGUAAAAAGUUUUAAAUGAAAAAGAUCUUCCGAAUUUAUGGGUUAAGUAAAGCGAGUUUUUUAAAAGGAAAAAUGGAGUUUUUUGGGAAGGAGAUUUGUAAUAUUAAAAUAAUUAAGGACCGCUUUUUUAAUAAAAUAAAGAAAUUUUAGACUUAUUGGUUUCCAAGUUUGAAAUUGAGAAGAGUUUUGGCAAAAAUUAUGGACAAUUAAAUGUCAAUUUAUUGAUUUUUUGGAAGGCUUUAAUUGUUAUUAUCGCUUUUGAGUGCGAAAAUGCAGAUUAGAAUGAUUAAAAUGAUAUUAGGUGUAAUUAUUUGGUAAAAUGCGAUGAUUUUCUGAAAAUUUUAUUGAAAAAAUUAAGCUUUGAAGAAGAAUUAGGUUGUAUAGAAGAAGAAAUUAGAUUAAUUUAGGAAAAAAUUACUUAAUAAAUUCGUGUCGAAGAAUUAUAAAAAAAACUUGAAAACCUUUAAAAUGAUAAAACUUAACUUUUUUUAUAAAAAGGAAUAUCUGAUUAAAUAUAAAUGUAGGAAUAUUUUUAUAAUAGAGAAGAGUUAUUUAAUUAUAGUUAAAAAAGAGAUGAAAGGUUAAAAAUGAUUUGCCGAACUAGAUUUUUAAGGGCAAGAAUAUAUUCUUAAAUGUAAUUAUUUUAGAAAAGUUUCCAUGUUUUAUUCCAUGCAAUAUAAAAUAUAAAUUAAUACGUCUCUGAAUAUAGACUAGUUGAAUAAGGAGAAGAACCGGAAAAUACUUAAAUUGAAUAAUUAAAAUAAUAGGAAGAAUUAGUAAUAGGUGGAGGCUAAAAUAAAGGAAAAUAAGCUAAAAAAGAAGAUAAAGCCCUUCCUAAAGAUAAUUAAAAUUAAAAAGAAUCUAAGAAACAAGCUAAAGGGGGGUAAGAACUAAAAACAGACGAAAAUUAUUUCGAGAAAAGGAAAAUUGAACUCGAGGAAAUGCAAAAAAUAGCUUUUUAAAAUGCCCAAUAAUGUAAAUUUAGAAAUCAUUUAAGCGCUUUUUGGUUCAUUAAAUUAAGAUGCGAACUUUGUAUUAUUUUAUAUAAUGAAAAUAGGCUUGAUGAUGCUUUAUAAUAUAUACAAAGUACUAUUUUAGAUUGCUAAAAGGUACAAGAUGUGUAUUUUUAGGGAAUUUUAUAAUAAUAUGAGGCUCGUAUUUAUUUAAAAAUGGGGAAAUAUGAAGAAAGUGUUUAAAAAAUAGAGAAAAAUUAAAUUUUUAUGAAAUAAAAUUGUAUUGAAAAUAUAAUUGAAAAUGCAAGAUUUUUAGCAGAUUUUUCUGAAGUUUUUUUCGAGAGAAAAAAAUAAGAAAAAGCCUAUAUUUUUAUAUAGAAUUCUUUGGAAAUUUUAGAUAGUUUUUUGAAGGAAAUUUGCUUUGAUUUUUAACUUUAAAAUGAAAAUGAAAAAGCAGCAAAAGAAAGUAUUUUAGUCUGUAAUGAAUUAUAAUUAGGGCAGGAAAUUGAAGCAGAGUUAUUAAAAAAACAAGAGAAAGAAACUAUUAAUAAUAAAGAUGCAAAAGGA